UGGCGGGGGCCGGCAGCAACUGGCUCUCCGGGGUCAACGUGGUGCUGGUGAUGGCCUACGGCAGCCUGGUCUUCGUCUUGCUGUUCAUCUUCGUGAAACGGCAGAUCAUGCGCUUCGCCAUGAAGUCCCGCCGUGGCCCCCACGUGCCUGUCGGACAGCACGCGCCCAAGGAUUUAAAGGAAGAAAUCGACAUUCGACUGUCGAGGGUGCAAGACAUCAAGUAUGAGCCCCGGCUGUUAGCUGAGGAUGACAGCAGGCUUCUGCAGCUGGAGACACAAGGUACCCUCUCUCACUUGAGCUGUUAUAACUACCUGUACAGGAUGAAGGCGCUGGAUGCGAUCAGAACAUCUGAAAUCCCAUUUCACGCAGAGGGCCGGUACCCAAAGUCUUUAAUAGGGAAGAACUUCUGUGCCUACCUGCUGGAACUGCGAAAUUCCAGCACCUCCUUCAAAGGCAUCCGCAAAGCCUUGAUCGACACCUUGCUGGAUGGGUACGAGAGUGCCCGCUACGGCACUGGGGUCUUUGGGAAACCGGAAUAUCUGCAGUACCAGGAUGCUCUGAACGAGCUGGCAAAUAUGACCAAGGCCCGGGGAGGCAGCAGCCAGCGACAGCAUCAGUCAGCGGCGAAGGACCUCACCCUCUCCCCCGAAGUCUCCAAUCCCGCCACCAUCCAGGUCACCUACCUGCCUUCCAACCAGAAGAGCAAACGUGCCAAACACUUCCUGGAGCUGAAGAGCUUCAAGGAUAACUACAACACGCUGGAGAGCACCCUGUGAGCUGCACAGGGAGCACUGCUCCGGGGACCUGCCACGAGCAGAGCCCCUUGCUGGGUGCAGCUGGUGUCCUGGGCAGGUUUUGGCCGCGGUUUGGCGUGCAGGCAGCGUUGGGAGGAAGCGGCUGUGCUCUCAGGUCUCCCUCUUGCACGAUGUUGGAGAUCGUUGCUCAGCGGAGGCUCCGUUUCAGCUGGUGGAGCUCGGCCCUCGCCAAGAGCCCGUUUCAAAGCAGCGCGCCCGCCUGCUGAAGCCGGAGGGGAUUGGCCCGUGCGGCCUUCUCCGCGGCAGGCUUGGGACACGCUUCAGACUUGAGGCUUUGAGUCUGGCAACGUCUUGGAGCCCUGGCCCUGUGAAUAAACUCUGAUUAGCUUUAGCUUAUUUAUAAAAGACAUCGAUCCCAGCCAGCGCUCUCCUCCACCUGUCCUCUUUCCCCGUGACAGCCGGCGGGGCUGAUGCUGUCUGUCCAUCCUGUCUGUGUGGGUCUCAGGCUCUGGAGCCGCUCAUCUGUUCUUUCCAAAGGGUGAAUGCUCUUCUUUUCCCCGUGGCACCGUCGCUGCCUGCUGCUCUGAGCCAGGCGUGCCCAGCCUGCCUGUGUGCCCGGCCGUGCACCAGGGUGCCUGGACGGACUGUAAAUAGUUUGGUGGCCGGUUCUCAGCCGCCGUGGCUGAGGUGCCUCUUUGGGCUGUGGUUUCUACUCUUUUUCUCCUGCAACUGGGCAUUUGGGGACGUCUCGGGCAGACAAACACCAGCUUCGAAUGUCCUGUCUGUCCUGCCAAGGGGGUGUUUCCUCCCACUCUCACCAGCGCCUCGUGUGCCAGCGGCUGCCGAGCCCCCGGGGGUGAAAGCUUGCGGCCCCCAACUUGACGUCUGCGUCCUGACAGGCCGAUGGCAGCACCCGCUGCUCACCAGUCACUGCAGCGCGUACCGCGUGGGACGGGGGCCCCUGCCCCUCGCCUGGGCCUCUGCACUCUUUUUAA